AUGGAUGGCCACCUAGAGCCAUUGGCCACUUGCAAGAUCGCCCUCUUCCUCGCCUUGAACCUGGUCCUAGUGGCAGCUGCGCAUGGCUGCGGGUCGUACUGCGGCAACACACUGGCCGUCCCAGUGCCAACCCCGCCGAUCGUCGUGCCCCCGCCGGCCAUCCAAGUCCCAACCCCGCCGAUGACCGGUGGCGGCAGAGGCACCUGCUCGAUCAACACGCUGAAGCUGAAGGCGUGCGCCAACGUACUGAACCUGCUAGAGCUCAACCUAGGCGCGCCGGCGAGCGAGAACUGCUGCCCGCUGCUGGGCGGGCUCGCCGACCUCGACGCCGCCAUCUGCCUCUGCACCGCCAUCAAGGCCAAUGUCCUCGGCAUCAAGCUCAACAUCCCCGUCGACCUCGUUCUCCUCCUCAACCAGUGCGGCAAGACCUGCUCCGCCGACUUCACCUGCCCAAGCUGA